AUGGCAGAGCGGCAUAAAUUCACGAUCCGGCCCGUAUCGCGUCAACCCAGGAAUGAUUCCAAGGAUGCAUUCCGGGUCUGGAUGUCGGCGGCAUCGCUUCUGCAGUGCCAUCUGAUCAUAGGGGAACCAUGUCACCUGCAGCUUGACGACGGCCCACGCCAAACUGCAAUUGCCUGGUCCGCCCCCGAGAAGAUCCAUGACAACGUGAUCCAGACCUCGAAGCUGCUGCAGACCAUGUACGGAUUCAAACUCGGUGACAAAGUGACCGUUACCGAAUCCAAGGAGCCGCUGAGAGAGAUUGGCGUGGCUCGCCUGGAGGAGUGUACCGACGCGACGACGAUUGCAACUUAUGGAGAGCUGGCGGAACAGGACCGCCCCUACUGGGAAUGGGGCUUGGAACAUCCCCUGUCCAACUGUGAGAUUUUGGCCCUGGGCAUGACUUUUGACUACGAGCUGAAGAGGUGCCGGAGGAGCUUCAAGAUCGUGGAAAUCGACCCCGGGAGAGAGAAGAGCGAAAACACCAUUGCUCGAUUUACUCUGGGGUCAAAAGUGAAGAUUGGCCCCGUGGAUCCGGUUUCUGCGCCCAAAUCGGGGCUCCAGGUUGAUACUACCGGCCUAGGUGGCUUGGGUCCGCAGAUCGAUCAGAUCAAUGAGAGACUCCGAGAUUUCACGGCGGAAGCCCAGAAGAUUGAGAUGCCGUCGUUUUUCAAAAAUAGUGGAGGGAUUCUCAUAUACGGAUCAAAGGGUACAGGCAAAACAUCGCUGUUGAAUAAAAUUGAAGGUGCUGGGUGGAGAAGCGUGUUUCCCAUCAAGAGCUCCAUAAUCGGUCGAUCGACGGUGGACGGGGAAGCAAAGCUUCGGAAGAUAUUUGUAGACGCGCUCAAGUGUCAGCCGAGUCUUAUCUCCGUCGACCAGUUGGAUUUUCUUGCGCCCAGACGGGGCUCAAAUGACGGUUCGUCCAUGGCCUCUGUUCUCUGCGAGUGUCUCGACACGCUCCAGGAUAGCCAUGUGCUUGUGGCUGCAUGCACAAGGCAUCCAAACGACGUGGACGACACUCUGAGAACUCCGCAUCGGCUGGGCAUUGAAAUCGAGCUGCCAGUCCCAACCGGAAAGGACCGAGCCGAGAUCCUUAGGGCGCUGCGAGGAUCAGCUGAUCAGCCGGGUGACGGUUUUCUCGAGAGAAUAGCAGCCCAAACACACGGUUAUGUGGGUGCGGAUCUGUUCUCGUUGCUUCAGCUUUCGUGUAGGAAAGCACAAUCACGUCAGCUCUCCCAAUUCGCUGGAGAGCGGCUGGAUGACAAGCAAGAUCCCCCUGCAGACGCGGAGGCUGCGGAAGACAAACCGUCCAUCACACCACUUGAAAUACGGGAGGAGGAUGUAACACUAGCCCUACAAGAGACCCGGCCCACUGCCAUGAGAGAGGUGUUUCUGGAAACGCCGGCGGUGAGAUGGAGCGAUAUUGGCGGGCAACGGAAUAUCAAGAGAUAUCUCCAAAAGGCGGUAGAAAGGCCGUUAAAGUACCCUGAGCGAAUGAAGCGCUUUAAUGUUAGUGGGAAGAAGGGCGUCUUGCUCUACGGCCCGCCAGGCUGCUCCAAAACAUUGACCGUGAAAGCUCUCGCAACCGAGGCUGGGUUGAACUUUUUGGCCGUCAAAGGCGCUGAAGUCUUGAGCAUGUACGUCGGUGAAUCUGAGAGGGCACUGAGAGAAAUUUUCCGCAAAGCUCGAGCCGCCAGGCCUAGCAUAAUAUUCUUCGACGAGAUUGACGCCAUUGCCGGGCGGAGAGGGCCUGGCCAGCAGAGCGGCGUCAAUGUGCUGACAACCCUGCUCAACGAGAUGGACGGCAUCGAGGAGUUGAAAAACGUGCUUGUAGUGGCCGCAACCAACAAGCCAGACACGCUUGACCCGGCGCUGAUGCGGCCAGGACGACUGGAUAACAUCCUGUACAUCGGCUUGCCAGACAUGGAGGCCCGCAAGGAGAUACUGGAUAUCUGGUUUGCGAAAUCGGACGUUCAUGACGAAGUGGACCCCAUUGCACUCGCGGCGCAGACAGAGGGGUACUCUGGCGCCGAAUUGGUGAGCGUGUGCGAGACGGCGGCGGAUGCAGCGCUGGAUGAGGAGGAGGAGAUGGGCGAGGAGGUGCAGAUCAAGUGGGAGCAUUUCGACAAGGCUUUGCAGGAGGUCCCGAAACAGAUAUCGCUGCCGAUUUUACGGGAGUAUGAGAGAUGGAGCAAGGAAUUUGGGAAUAGACAUGAUUGA